AAUCACCAAGAAAAGUAAAGCAUCCAAUUUUCCGGAGAAACAAACGAAGGCUGGAGCAAAAUUUUCGUUUUCCAUUUCGACGCAGGCAGAGGCAUAGUACUAUGAAGCUUGAUUUAGUAAUUCUCUGUGCUUUUUCAUUGUCUUUCCUUUCCUUAACCUUGUCAUCUUCACCUCCGACAUCGGAAACAUGUCCGAUGGACCUCAGCUAUGUCCUAAGAAUCCCAUGGAACACUUCCCUUUGUCAAAACUUCAACCCACCCCCAAAUUCCACCCCGACUGACGGCACUAGUGUAGUUAAUUGUUGCACCUCGCUUCUCUCCCUCUUUGGCGUUGGUAUGGCGCAGCGCCUCAAAGAAACCUCCUUUUUCCACCUCCCGGACUUGCCCACCUCGGAAUCCUGCCUCCAGGAUUUGCAAUCAAAACUCACCGAGCUUUCUUUCUCGCCCAAUUUGGUUUCCUACUGCUUGGAUCCGAUGCAGUUUGUGAUCACACCCAAUGUUUGUGCCCACAUAGAGUCGACUCAUGAUUGGGUUGCUAAAGUUGGGGAUUCGAUUCCGCUUGACUCGGCCUGCAAGCCUGAUCUCACCGAUCUCUCCGCCUGUGAUGCGUGUGUUACUGCCGGCUACCAGGCUCAGUCACAGCUGGUGCAAAUUGAUGGUAAUAAAAGUCAUGCUACUAAUUGUUUUCACCUUGCUAUUCUGUAUGCUGCUGGAAUUGUGAAUCAGUAUGGACCUCUGAGUAAUGGUGCUGUGACUUGUACUUUUGGGUUGUCUUUGGAAACAAAAUCCCCUGUGAGUAAUAAACAUUUAGGGCUCGUUUUUGGGUUGACUGGAGCUGGGGUUGCCUUUUUUGUGAUGACUAGUUUAUUGGGUUUGUACUUUUGGUAUGAGAAAAGAUUUAGGAGAUCAAAGAUUGAUGGUUCAGGUUCUGGUUUUUAUGAUGUGGAGGAAGGAUCUAAGCCUAAAUUGAGACCGAAUACUGGGUCAAUUUGGUUCAAAAUUCAUGAACUUAAGAAGGCAACAGAUAAUUUUUCACCCAAUAAUUUCAUAGGGAGAGGUGGGUUUGGUGUUGUUUAUAAAGGAGUUUUACCAGAUGGGACAAUGGUGGCGGUGAAGAAUAUUAUAGAAUCUGAGAUUCAAGGGGACGCAGAGUUUUGCAAUGAGGUUGAGAUCAUCAGCAAUCUGAAGCAUAGAAAUCUUGUGCCUCUUAGGGGUUGCUGUGUGAUUGAUGGGGAGGAGAAUUAUGAGGAGAAAGGGAGUCAGAGGUAUCUUGUUUAUGAUUACAUGCCAAAUGGAAAUCUUGAUGACCACUUGUUUCCUUCGAGUAAAACGGGGAAGACACCGUUGAGUUGGCCUCAGAGGAAGAACAUAAUUCUAGAUGUCGCAAAAGGGUUAGUUUAUUUGCAUUAUGGAGUAAAGCCUGCAAUAUACCAUAGGGAUAUUAAGGCUACAAACAUAUUACUUGAUGCUGAUAUGAGAGCAAGAGUGGCAGAUUUUGGUUUGGCCAAGCAGAGUAAGGAAGGUCAGUCUCAUCUCACCACUAGAGUAGCUGGAACUCAUGGAUACUUAGCCCCAGAAUAUGCUCUUUACGGGCAGCUAACUGAGAAGAGUGAUGUUUACAGCUUUGGAGUGGUUGUUCUUGAGAUAAUGUGUGGGAGAAAGGCUCUUGAUUUCUCUUCAUCGGAAUCACCACGGGCACUUCUGUUAACUGAUUGGGUUUGGUCGUUGGUGAAAGCAGGAAAAAUAGAGGAGGCUUUGGAUCCUUCUUUGUUGAAAGAUGAGGACUCUGUGAACUCGAACCCAAAAGGGAUAAUGGAGAGAUUUGUGCUUGUUGGUAUAUUGUGUGCUCACGUAAUGGUGGCUUUGAGGCCUACUAUUUCGGAUGCACUGAAAAUGUUGGAAGGAGAUAUUGAAGUUCCCCCAGUUCCUGAUAGGCCAAUGCCUCUAGGGCACCCUUCCUUUCAUGGUGAUGGCAAUACUUUCACCAUCUCGCCAGCAUUAAGCGGGCCAAAACUAUACCCAGGAGACAUGCUCAGGUAAUCAAAGAAUGCUCCUUGUUUUAUGGAAGAAGCAGAAGCCAUUUUAUGAACCUGUAAUAUAAGUGCUCUAAAUCAAUGAAAUGCAGACCGGAGCUUGUGCCUUAAUUCAUCCAAAGGCCUCAAGAGAAGAGUUCUAAAGAAUGAAUUUGCAAUUAUACAUUGGAAGACAAAUAGUAAGGAAGGUAAGAGUCCAAAAAUAGAUGAUUUCAAAAUGCCAUGAGCAAGAGAUGUGUCUUCUAAUCAACUGUCCAUGAAGCAAGCAUACAUCCAAAUAAACUGCUGAUAGACGAAGGUGAAGGGAAGAUAAAUUGAAUAUUUAGGAACCAUGUAAACAGUAUAGAGAAAUCUAUUAUCUUCUUGUGUAAAUUACCAAAAGAAACUGCACUUUCUGAUACAUGUACCAUAUUUUAAUAAUGUAAGGAUUGGAUU